AUGGUUCAAACUGGAGUUGUCUACAAUAAUUUGUUGCCUCUUGGUAAUUUAGCUCAGGUACAUCCAGUUAACUUAUCUGCAAGUAAUCCAUCAUCCAACAACAAUGCAGUUCAACACGCUCUACAAACUCGAACUUCGGUUGGCGGAGGAAUAUCACCUCUGCUUAUAAAUCAGCAAAAUAUAUCAACUGGAACCAAUUCUGUACUUUCUGGAACAAAUGCCAUGAGCUUGAAUCAUUACAUCAUUGGCGAUUACAUGUUACCAUCGAACGCAGUUUAUCAAAAUAUCAAUGUAGCUGUAGAUUCUUAUAAGCGCUUCUCAAUGAAUUUUGAAAACAGAUGGGUCUUGAGAUCCGCUCUGAACUUCGCAAGUGAUGGAGAAGUAGUCAGAGAAGUAGGUAGAGAGUUCCAGAGAAAAGGACCAGAAAAAGCAAAAGCAGAUUUGGCAAAAGAGUGUUUAACACGAGUUAAGAAAAAGCGAGAACAAGAAAACGAUCGUAAACCGGGGCGUUUAGAAAGAUUAAGUUUAAGACACAUAAAGUCAGACCAAGCAAUAAUUGAAGAAAGACAUAGAGAUAAAUUAUGA